AUGAUAGUUUCUAAUUUAUUGAAAAGUACAACAUCAACUGCCGCUACAAGAAUUACAAUAACACAACUCACUGCUAGAAGGCUAUAUCAUCCAAAAGUUAUAGAGCAUUAUACAAAUCCAAGAAAUGUUGGUUCUCUCGAUAAGAAAUCUUCUAAUGUUGGAACCGGUAUAGUGGGUGCCCCGGCUUGUGGGGACGUUAUCAAAUUACAAAUUCAAGUCAACGACUCUACCGGUAUAAUAGAAGACGUGAAAUUCAAAACUUUUGGUUGCGGUAGUGCCAUUGCUUCCUCUUCAUACAUGACCGAAUUAGUUCAUGGAAUGUCUCUAGAUGACGCUUACAAGAUCAAGAACACAGAAAUUGCCAAAGAAUUAAGUCUACCUCCGGUCAAAUUACAUUGCUCCAUGUUAGCUGAAGACGCUAUUAAAGCUGCAAUCAAAGAUUAUAAGACAAAGAGAACUAACCCAACAGUACUACAUUGA